AUGGGCCUAUAUCUGACGGGUCUAGGACUACUGCUCUGCUGUUCCCUCUCCUCCCCUCAGAGACUGGCCCCCUCAGGGAGAAAUAUCUGCCAGGACCUCAGGUGAUGACUACAUUACACUCUCACACUUUCUUUUUCUCUCUUUUCCUGCCCUUUCAAUCAAGCAAUAUAUCCUUGCUUUAUUUUAAUCUUCCGUUAUUUCAUGAAAAAAACAGUAAAAAUAAAUGUUACCCAUAAGGAAACUUCUACUAUGCUUUACAGUAUGUCUUUUGUUUACCCUUCUCAAACAGGGACCCCUCCACUCUUGUAUGUUGUACUGGAUGGAGACAACAGGGAGAGGAGUGUACUAUACGUGAGUAUCAGUUUAGGGGAGAGGAGUGUACUAUACGUGGGUAUCAGUUUAGGGGAGAGGAGUGUACUAUACGUGAGUAUCAGUUUAGGGGAGAGGAGUGUACUAUACGUGAGUAUCAGUUUAGGGGAGAGGAGUGUACUAUACGUGGGUAUCAGUUUAGGGGAGAGGAGUGUACUAUACGUGGGUAUCAGUUUAGGGGAGAGGAGUGUACUAUACGUGGGUAUCAGUUUAGGGGAGAGGAGUGUACUAUACGUGGGUAUCAGUUUAGGGGAGAGGAGUGUACUAUACGUGGGUAUCAGUUUAGGGGAGAGGAGUGUACUAUACGUGGGUAUCAGUUUAGGGGAGAGGAGUGUACUAUAUGUGAGUAUCAGCUGACAGUAAAUUGUGUAAAAGCAUCCAGGACACACAAGAACAGGCUUUUCGUCUUGUUUAGGUAGUAUUGUAUAAUUCCGCACUGUGUCUGUUGUUUAUGACUCCAGCUGUGUGUGAUGGCGAGCAGGCCUGCCAGCAGGAUGAGGUGUGUGUACACCCGGGCGUCUGUCGCUGUCGACCUGGCUACUAUGGAGCCCACUGCAAGACACGUAAGUCAAACCAACUCUGACAUUUAAGUUACAUAGGCUAUGUCACUCAAACAAUAUAUUUUGAACACAACAAGAGUCAAUAUAGCAACUUUGGUAGCACUUUACAUUGCAGGAAUAAAAGGGCAAGAACCUUGUAAUUAAGUGGAAACUACUGAAGUAUAACAGCCGGUCUCCCUCUUCAGGCUGCCCUCCAGAGUUCUGGGCACCGGACUGCCGUGAGCUGUGCAAGUGCCACCCUCAUGGGCACUGUGACCCGAUCACGGGCGAGUGUACGUGCCUCCCCAACCGCUGGGGGCCACUCUGCCAGAACGCCUGCAAAUGUGGCCGUCACGGGCACUGCCACCCCGUACACGGCAACUGCACCUGCGACGAGGGCUGGUGGACGCCCACCUGUGCCAAGCAGUGCCAGUGCUACCCAGGCACCUCCACCUGCGACCCACUGACCGGCAGGUGAGAAAGAAUGGGUUUAUUUACAGUGGGAGGCAUUAGUUAGCUAAGAGCUGAAUCACUUGAUACAAUUUAGGCUGCUAUCUACUAAUUAAAAGGACAGUGUCACACGUCAUAUUUUUUAACACAGUAGCUACAACACAAUAGAAAUAUGUGUUUUCUUAAAAAACUGUGGUUGGCAGGUGUCAGUGUGCCCCGGGGUACUGGGGUCAGAAGUGCAGCCUUCGCUGUAGUUGCUACAUAUCAUCCUGCCAACAGAAGACGGGGGCGUGCGAAUGCCAGAACGGGUGGUGGGGUCCGACGUGUGACCGCCGCUGUAACUGUGACCUGGAGCACAGCGAGUGUGAUGCGGUCAGCGGGGAGUGUGAAUGUCAGCCUGGGUACAAGGGAGCCUUCUGUAAUGAACCGUGUGGACCUGGGGAGUAUGGCAGUGGCUGUAAACUGAGGUAAGAGAGUGGAUAUGGAUAUUGCAGUGAUGUUUUGUUGGUACAGCCUUGUCAUUUUGCUGUGGAUGUCUGUCUGUCUCUCUCUCCUCUCCUGUGUAGCUGUGGCCACUGUAAAGGAGGCCAGUCGUGUUCUGUGGUUGACGGUGUCUGUAUGGCCUGUGAGCCUGGGUGGAACGGCACACACUGUGACCGGCUGUGCCCGCGCGGUUACCAUGGAAACCACUGCCAGGACGUGUGCCCGCGCUGCAGGAACGGUGAACCAUGUGACCCCAGGACGGGGGCGUGUUCACGAUGUGAUCCAGGAUGGACUGGACCCAGGUGUGUGUGUGUGUUUGAUGACUAACUACCAGUGAAAUGUAUCUGAGAUUUUUUACAGUAAUUCCACUGUUGUACUGUAGCUACCCUUCCCAGACAUGCCAGUGUCAAUGAUACCGAAAAGGUGUUUUCUUCUAGUGCUGACAGUUUUGUUUUCCCUCUGUUAUCUGGGCCUCUCUGUAUGUCUGCAGGUGUGACGAGCCGUGCUCUAACAGGACAUUCGGGGACACCUGCAGCUUCCUGUGCAGCCCCUGUUUCCAUGGCCAUUGUGAUCACGUGACAGGAAGUUGUGUCUGUGGGCCUGGGUUCCAGGGACAGAGGUGAGAGUACUGAGAAAGCAGACAGAGGUUAUGUUUGAAUACUCUUAAAAUGUAUCCUUCCUUACCCCCUUCCUUGAAGUGAUCACUGAUGUGAAACAAUGGUUCAAAUAAUUAAGUUUCUCCAAUCCAAUAUUGUCUGAUUUAGACAUCUUGCUAGGAUUGUGUAUCUGGCUGUCACUAACAGGUUUCUCUCUGUUGUGUCCCAAGUUGUAACAUCACCUGUCCAGACCAGCUGUAUGGCUUUAACUGUUCCUCUGUCUGUGACUGUGGUGAGGGCACCGCCUGUCACCCAGCAACGGGGGCGUGUCCAUACAGUAUGUACUCCUCCUAUUGGAUACAGCGGUAGUUGGUUAUUAAUGUGUAGCUAAUGAUAAGUAAUAGUAGAUGGGCCUAUGGAUUAAAAUAUUUGUUUUUCCUCAAGAAGGAAUAUGUGAGGUUCAAUCACAUUUGUUUGUGUUUGUGCGGGUGUGUGUGCGUGUGUGUGUGCGUGGUGUCAGGUGGUCGCGGGGCUCUGAUCGCUGGUCUCCUGGUCCCUUUGCUCUUGGUGCUGCUGGGUCUGGUCUGCUGCUGCUGCUGCUGUGGAGGACCUACUGACGGCAAAGACAGGUGUGUGUGUGUGUAUAAUUCUGAUGGUAAAGGCAGGUGUGUGUGUGUGUUCCUCUGACCUCUGACCUUGCUCUGGUCCUACAGGGUAGCAGUGGGUGACGGUGGUACCUCUGUCCGUAUGAAGCAUCAUGUGUAUAACGUCCUGGCCAACGUGAGCUCUGCUGUACCCUGUAUCUCUGUCUGGUCCUCUGGGCUACCCAGAGUCACAGGUCAGUCCAAUAUCACACUAGAGACCAAAUCAAAUCAUAUUUUAUUGGUCACAUACACAUAUUUAGCAGAUGUUAUUGCAGGUGUAGCGAAAUGCUUGUAAAAUCAUAUCAUCAGAUCAUAUGUCUGUAUCUAUGUAAGGAAGAAACUCCAGUACUUGUUGGAUGCUCUCAAAGUUUUUCUCCAUGCACUUGGAAAUAGGAGAGGUGUGCAUACUAUACAUAUUGCAAUAUUAUUGCAAUACUGAUAAUAAACGCUUUCUCUCCAGUGUCCCACCACGACCCUGAGCUGACGUUCAACCACAGCUUCAUAGAGCCUCCCUCCUCAGGCUGGCUGACGGACGGAUCCUCCUUCGACAGUGAUGAGGAGACCGGAGAGGUGCUCUACUGUGUCCCCCCCAGAGAAGGUAAUCAGUGUGUGUGAGUGUGUGUGAGUGUGUGUGUGUGUCAGUGUGUAUGUUCACCCCUUUGGGCUUCGUUGACUCCAUUGUUUCUCUCUCUCCCUUUACCCCGCUCUCCCUCCCUCAGACAUCCCAGCAGUGGCGGGCGGUGAGUUCCAGGAGUUCCAGCAUGAGAUGAGUUCUAAGUGUAACAUGUUCCCCGACCCCUCUGCCUUCAGCGUUAGUGCAGAAGACAUGUCCCUCCCCUUUGGCAUCCCCCGCACCUCCAGCAAUGCCAAGUCCAAACGCCCCUCCGUCUCCUUCGCCGAAGGCACCAGGUGACACCAGGUCGCAGUCAUCAUGAUGGGGACAUUGGACACUACACACACCACACGACACUACACAGCACUUCAAUUCUCUUUUUAACCUGCCUCUACAAAGUUAUAGUUAUUGUAAUUGUCUUGUGAUUGUUUUUAAUGUUGAGAGUAUGUAAAAUAGAUUUCCCCUUGGGGAUUAAUAAAGUACAAUCUCAUCUCAUCCCAGGUUCAGCCCCAAGGAGCGCCGAGGCUCUGCCCAGGAUCUGACACCCGGGGCCCCUCGCACCAAACCCAAGUCCCCCUGGGGGGUCCUGAUGCUGUCAGCCCUCCAGGCCCAGGGAGGGAAGGCCUCAGAGGGGGAAGAGACGGAGACAGGUGAGGGGGGGGUGGAUGGAUGUGGAGGUGGGACUGGACCAUUGGAAGACCCAGGAUUCAGUGGUGAAGCAGGGGAUCCCGAUGUGGACAGGUACACAGCCACCCCGUCCCGAGCCAUGUCUACCCUGCAGGUGCCUGGAGCAGUGGUAGGGCGAAGACGCACCAUAUCCAACGCCGCUGUUACCAGAAAGGGCAGGCAAACAUCAGGGUCCACAUUCGAUGGCCAGCAGGCAGAGAUGGAUAAAGGGAUGGACAAGGUGACAACAGUGUACGUGACAGUGGGGAAGAUGGGGGUGGGAAGGCCCCUGUCUGAACUAGAGCUCCCCAGCUCGGAGGGCCCGGUCCAGGCCAUGCUACGCAGGCUAGGCAGCCUCCAGAGACACAAAGACCAGGAGGGGGGAACUAAGCCCAAGGGGAAGAGCCCGGGGAUGGAGGGGAUCACCAAGCCCCCCAGGAGGAAGCUGGGGGCCAGGGCCAGAGUGUGGGAGCAGGGGGGUCCCCCACCCUCGGGGGGGGAGGGUCCUGUAGGGGAAGGCGUACCUAUGAGGAAACCCAGUAGGAGGAAACAGCACGCCCACCACAGCUCGCCUGCUGUCAUGGGAAACACUGACGCUGGCAUUAACACUCACCCCCCACCAGAGGACGCCACUGCCACCAUUACGCCCACAAGGCCCCUGUCCUCCAUUUUGAAAAGCGUGCCAGAGGUCGCUGGGUCAGAGGUCAGGGAUGAAAGGUCAGGGCUGAGGGGAGAGAACAGCGACUCUGAGACUGAGAGUGGAUAUGGAGUCGGGCCAGCUGGAGUUGUAACGGACGCUGUUAGUCUGAGUGAAGUCAUCGCCAAUGAAGGAGUGGUGGCCAGUGUGGACGAUGGACCUAACCUUUAUGAGAACGUGAUGAUUAUGCAUUCCUAA